AUGUCCAGUCGAUGGUUCGACUUUGGAGGAGACACCAUCAUUCGCGCCGACCAGUACAUACGACUAGUCUCGGAUAUCCCCUCGCAGUCUGGCUGGAUCUUCUCCCGAAUACCUAUCACCGCAACCAACUGGGAAAUCGAGUUUGAGUUCUCGAUAGCAGGCAAGGGCCACCUACAUGGCGAUGGCUUUGCACUGUGGAUUACCAAAGAGAGGGCACAGCCAGGGCCGGUCUUUGGCCACGCAGAUCGAUUCGAAGGACUGGGCAUUUUCUUCGACACGUACAAGAACAACCGUCCUGGGGUGGUAUUCCCGUAUGUCAUGGCGAUGAUGGGAGACGGAAAGACUACUUAUGAUUCGGCGAAUGAUGGCAAGGCGAAUGAGCUCGGAGGGUGCUCGGCACGGGGUCUACGUGCGUCCUCGGUACCGUCUAAAGCGAAGUUGACAUACUUCCAAGACAAAUCGCUUUCACUACAACUACAGUAUAAGUCCGCAGACUCAUGGAUCGAGUGCUUCACCGUCGAGGCCACCGACCAACAGCCGCUGAAGAUGCCCAACACAGCUUAUCUUGGUUUCAGUGCGCACACAGGGGAGUUGACGGACAAUUUUGAUAUUGUUAGCGUGGAAACCCGAAAUCUGUACAACCCUGUAGCGGCCAAUUCAGGAAGAGCGGCAGCCGCAGCAGCAAGAGCCAGUGGACGAGGUAGACCACCCAAGAAGACCGGCGGCGGCUGGGGCUGGUUCUUUGUCAAGGUGCUAUUCUUCGCGGGCCUGGUUGGUGGCGGUUAUAUCGGGUAUACCAAAUACACCGAGAAGCAGAGAUAUUCCAGGUUCUAG